AUGGUAAAGCAGAAACGCAACAAGUGGUGUGAACCUUGUAGGCUUUUGAAUAUAUCCUCAUCAAUAGAAAAGAUCAACACACAAAGUUCCGAGUCAACAGAACCAAAUUCACAAAAGGAAUUCAAUUGCAAUAUUUACUGUUGCUCUGAUUGCAACCAUUCUCAUAAUGCUGAAAAAGACCAUCCUCGUGAUGGUGAUUCAUUGGAAAGCGAUCAACGUUCCGUGAAGAAAAAGAAGUCAACACAUAAUAUGAAUCAAGGUCAACCUACCCGAUCAACGUUUGCAAAGCUCUGCGAAGGAUUUCCCAACAAAUAUGAUGAUUUCAUUAACACUGAUAACAAAAUAUACGACAAAUCAGGAAAAAUAGUCAUAGGACACAUUCGCAAUGAAGUUAUUUUCUCCACUGAGUGUAGUAAAGAUUUGGAUUCAAAGAAAGUGCGAUGCCAAAAUUGUGAGAGGCUGCAAGGAAGGUUACGUAAAUGGCAAUCACGAUUUCAUGUGGAAGAAAAUAUAGAUAUUUCUCGCUACAGUCAAUACCCAAAAAUUAUCCAGAAAAGAUUAGAAUUAUGCCAGAAACAUAUGACAAAAAUUCCAUCCAACCAAAUCGAGUUGUUAGAAUCACUAUUGAAAAUGCUUGAAAUUUAUGAAGAGAGUCAAAAACUUCCUUUUAACCUACUAAGAUUGAAGGACGAAAUUUUACGAACGUUAAAUCCAAAUCGUCCUUAUGCAAUACCUGAUCCAAUUAAGUAUUUUUGGAAAUUAGGUAGAUACUAUGGGUCCGAGAAGUUGAUUCAACUCAUGCGUGGGAAUUCAGAUAUUGGAUUUAAUAUUUAUGCUCCUUCAAUAAGCACACUAAAAAAGUGGAAUCAAGGUGUUGUCUAUGGGAAUUUGUAUACAAAUGAUAGUGUGUCUAUAAUUAUGAAAAUACUUGCAAAACAUGACAAAUUUAUACUUUUGUUCAUUUGUUCAUUGCGAGGAUUAUUUACAUAUUUUAAAAAGAAUAAGAAAUCCAUUGAUAGAUAA